UGGUCACACGCGGGGACAAACAAACCGAGCACCGCACGGAGAGAGAGAGAGAGAGAGAGAGAGAGCGCUGCUGUCACCAGCGCUGAAUUCAAAGAUUAAACACAGGGGUCCAAGGAGACUACGAGGAGGAGUGGGCAUGCAUGCAUGCACUGAUCUGUAAGAGUAGAUUUUCUUGUUUGGGUUUUUUUUUUUUUUUAAAUCCAGGGAACUGAAAGUGGAGAGUUGCUGAUGAAGCUGCAGGCGCACUGAGGCGCUGCCUGGACUGUUUUUGGGUCUCACUCCCGGCAUUGUUGCUCGUGUUUCCCGGGAUGGAAUAAUUCCCUUCUUCGCUCUCAUCCAAGGAAUACCUGCGAUCCUACUCUCACCGCUCUCCAUGGUGCUUGAAGGCAGAGAGAUGGACGGGAUCGGGAACACCAUGCAGAAGAAGGUUGCCGAGCUGGAGCGGCUGGCCGAGGUGCUUGUCACCGGGGAACAGCUCAGGCUGCGGCUCCAUGAGGCGAAGGUGAUCAAGGACCGGAGGCACCACCUCCGGACUUACCCGAACUGCUUUGUAGCUAAGGAGCUCAUUGAUUGGCUGAUCGAACACAAGGAAGCUUCAGAUCGAGACACAGCCAUCAAGAUUGUGCAGAAACUUUUAGACCAGAGCAUCAUUCACCAUGUGUGUGACGAGCACCGGGACUUCAAAGACAUGAAGCUGUUUUACCGCUUCCGGAAGGAUGACGGCACAUUUCCGCUGGAUAACGAAGCCAAGGUGUUUAUGAGGGGGCAGAGGAUCUAUGAAAAAUUAAUGAACACAGAGAACAACCUACUGCAAACCAGGGAGGAGGAAGGCGAGUCGUUUGAGCGGACGCUGGUAGCCUCAGAGUUCAUCGACUGGCUGCUGCAGGAGGGGGAGAUGCCAACCAGAGAGGAGGCUGAACAGCUGGGGCGGAGGCUUCUUGAACAUGGGAUCAUUCAGCAUGUCACCAACAAGAAUCACUUUGUUGAUGGGCCGCUCCUCUACCAGUUCAGGAUGAAUUUCCGGCGACGUCGGCGAUUGAUGGAACUUCUUCACGAGCGAGGGCGCAGCAUCCCCGAGAGCCACGACAGUCCCUUCUGUCUCCGGAAACAAAGCUCUGACGGAGGCAACACCAGCUUUCUCUCAGUGAGUCCCACAAAAGAGAUAAAGGUGUCUGUCGGAGUUCGUCGGAGCAGCAUGAGCAGCAGCUGUGGCAGCAUCGGUUAUUGCAGCAGUGGUUAUUACAGCAGCAGUCCUACGCUCAGCAGCAGUCCGCCUGUCCUUUGCAACCCUAAAUCUGUCCUGAAGAGACAAGUGAGUCCAGAGGAGCUGCAGAGACCAGGAGGACCUUUUAUAAAGAAGACAUUCACUAUUGUAGGCGAUGCUGUGGGCUGGGGGUUUGUGGUGCGAGGAAGCAAACCCUGUCACAUCCAGGCUGUGGAUCCAGGUGGACCUGCUGCAGCUGCUGGCAUGAAGGUGUGUCAGUUCGUGGUGUCGGUGAACGGAUUGAACGUCCUCUGUCACGACUACCGAACCGUCAGCAACCUGAUCCUGACUGGUCCGCGGACGAUUGUCAUGGAAGUGAUGGAGGAGGUGUAAGCAUUAAAGAGAGCUCCAAGAGGAAACCUCUCAGAAGAGUAAUGCAGGAAAAAAUGUGGGGACUGAAGUAGUACUUAACCUCAAAACCACAUCGAGAGCGAAACACUGAAGACUUGAAACCACGUCUCACUAGCUCUGUUCCAGCAUUGUUUGAACAAGGUGGAUAACCAAGAAACUGUGUGUGUGCUUAAAAAUGAGGCUAUUGUAGUCAAGCAAACGAGUCAAUAUUUGGAGAAACUGGGUUAUUUUGGAUUUUUUCCUUUGGUUUCGUGGUGCGCUCACUCACACACUGACACACAGAACCAAACCAGAGACCAUGGAAGAGCUUGGAGUAAGAAAACUCACCCUGAGUGUUAAAAGGAUGUGAGAAGAUGUGAAAUUAAGUUUUGUCAUUAUAACUCGUGGAUCAGAGAGUAAAAAGCUGAAAAUGAGGAAGAAUAUUUCAUGGCGCCAUGAAAGCAGCCGCUACUCCAGUGAGCUGUUCCUGGUGUCUCGACACUGCCCUCUGCUGAGAAGGACAGGAAGACACACUUCACACUGCUACUACAUGCAAUUUCAGGGUUUUCAGGGGUGCCAUAAUGGAACCAUUAUGUUCCACGGGAAAAGACAAACACCUGCAGUCGCCAUAUGGAAAAUGUAAAAUACCAACUUAAUCGAUGUUGAGGUAGAUUUUUUCCUAGCUGCUAAGAAUGUUAUAAAGGUGAUAAACUUACAUGCUACAUUAAUAAGCACAUUGUAUAUAGAAAAGCUAUUAAAGACUUACAGACACAAAGUGUAGAAGUCCGGCUUUAGAAAAGCUGUCUCCCAUAAAACCUUGUAACCUAUUCUGAUUACCCGUGACAGCUCUCUGUUAGGCACUUUAACCUUAUAUGCAGCCUAGAAAAUAGACAGUGACCGACAAUGUCACUGUCUGUUUGUUUAAAAGAAUUCGGAGGUUUCUGUUAUACUUGCCUAUACUAGAUGUGAACACUAGGUGUGUUACAUACCAUUAAGAAUUGCCAAAAGAGGGAAUACUAAAAAUAAAAAUGACUCUAAUUGGAGUCAUACCAACCAGCCUUAAUGUAAACUUAGAGAACAUUUGAUUGACCUUUUAAGUUUUACAUAUCAUGUGAUGUUUGGUGUAUAAUAAAGAUAAGAAGAAAACAACCAAAGCACUUGGUUGACUAAAGCUUCCUUUUUGGGGGGGAAUUUGAUUCAAUCAGACAUCCCUAAUUUGAAACUAAUGCGGAAGAAUGACUUCCCCUGCCCCUCCCCCACAUCCUUUUCUCCUUUAUUAUCUGUACAUGCGAAGCAGUUACACAUCAAUGAAUGAAUAUUCAAUCAUUUUAAAUAAACGGACCAGUUUUCCUAAGAAUCAAAGAACAUUGCAUUUGCCUUUAUUGUGGUCCACGGAGUCGUUUUAUUUGUUCAUUUUGGGGGCUUUUUUCCAGCUUUUUGGGAAGAUUUCAGUUGAACUUUUUCAUAAGUUUGAGUCAGUAGGUUAAAAUUAUGAGAUAGCUAACUUGAAUUUUGAGAUAAUAAGACAGAUUUUUGACUUACAGAUGACACUUUUUAAUUCUCUCGUAGUAGUGGAAACAAGCUUUUGACCCUACAGGCUUUACUCAGAACGAAAAACAGCCUCAUUAUCCAAAAUUAGUUUUCAAACUGAGAGAAAUAAGAGUCGGGCUCUAAUGAAGGCUCUGUGCCAAAACACUUUGAUCGUAUUCCUACUGUGAUGUAAACCAGUAAACAUGUGAAACGUGAGUAAAGUAUCCACAUGAGCCUCACUGUUUAUGAUGCUAUCUUUUUCUUUUUUAAUAACAUUGCUUUGGAAUUCUUUCUUUAGAUUUCAGGUUUAUCACUUCACUGAAGCUUUUAUUUGUGCUUCAAUGGGAAAAAGGUAAAUAAGAGAAUUGGUUCUAAUGAAUCUUUAAAUCCUUGAAUCAGCUUGAUGUAGCUCAAAGCUAAGUGGAUUAGCUCAGGCUUGAAUUAUAGCCUCUAAAUAUUAUGAGGAUCACGCGUAUGUUACUACUGUGCCAUCUUGUGUUUAUACAUACUAGCAUGAAUUUAGAAAAAACAGAGCAUGGAUAAGUGAUACUCAUAUUGUUCAUACACAAUGUGUCUGUAGUCCUGAGCAACACUUGUUCCUUGUUUUGUCUUAGACUAAACUGUAUUCCAUGUCCGGAGGAGGAAAUUAUUACUGCAAAAAAACACAGACGCAGAAAUGUAAACUUUGUUUUCUACCACAGUAUAUUCACAGUUGUUACAGCCAAACUGUAGAGUUAAUAUGUCCUGGUGAACUACCUCCAAAUAUGUCCUACGUAAUUAAUUCAGUAGAUGUUUCAUUGAUUUAUCUUAAUGUGCUUGGAUGUGGUAGGCAGUGAAAUGCUGUAAAUACGUGCUUAUUUAGCUUUAUCUUCUAAUCUAAAGCACUCCUUCAUAGAUCUGAUUUAUCUGGCAAAUCAUUUCAGGUACAACAGCAGAUUUUAGGCCUAACUCAUUCAAUGAUCUAAACAGCUGGAAUAUGCUGUUGCAGACUAUGUUAGAGCUCCUCAGAUUUACAGAAUUGUGCCUCAAAAUCUGUAAUCCGCUCACAUUGUUACAUGGAUAAUGCCAUAUAUUGUACUGUUAAUGUAUCAUAUUAAUGUUGUCCAAUACUUUUUCAAGUAUUUGCAGUUUGCUUUUACCCUGCAACCAUACAAUAUGUUUAUUAGAAAGAAAAAAUCUCAAAGCACAAAAUAAUUUCUUCUCUGGGUUUUCAUUAGUCUGAUGUAGCGCUUUCAUUCAUAUUUGAUGUUAAUAUCUACACUUGGUAUGGAUUCAAUUUUUCUCUGUUUUCUCUCAUUAAAAUUCAUCUUUAUGCAGUUUGUAACUUAGUAAUUCUUCUUUUGUCCAUCUGCAAAGUGAUCUGUGAUUCUCAUCUGUAGAUAAUGUUUGAUGCAGUUUCAUUGGACAGAAGCAGAUGACAGUUUGGUAAAUGGACUGGUUCUUAUAUAGCGCUUUUCUACUCUCACUGAGCACUCAAAGCGCUUUGAUUUGGUGGAGAAGAAAGUUUCAUGUGUGUUGCGUCUUGAAGGGGUUGUGUGUGCCAGGUUGGCUUAAAUGAGUUUGCUGACUGUUAACCGAAAGCGUUUGCCUUAAGACCUGUUUUUGCUGCCGAUAACAGAUGGUGGUCACUUUCUUCCUCCUCUUUUUUCCCCUCUCAUUCUCUUCUCUGUUCAGUCAUUUGCAACUUUGCAAGGUGGUUGCUCCAAGUCACCACAGCUUCGGUUUUAGUGACAAUCAGUGUUGUAUAGAUAACAAAUGCACAGUCAUGUGAUCUGACAGAACGUGCAUCACUGCUGUCUUCGUUUUUCUGCUGUUGCCGGUUCUAUACUUAAACUCUAAUGUGUAAUAAGAUCAAGGGGAUUCUUGGUUAUGAGAGGUUACACAUUUUCAGCACAGCUGUUUGUUCUUUUUUCUCUGCUAUCCGAGAUUGAAUGUUUGUUAUUAGAACAACAAAAGCUGACAGUAGCAGUCUGUUUUUCACAAAAAAGCUACAUCUCAUUGUAAGUUCGAAUGUAUUAAAGAGCUGAUCAAGUGUUAAAUAAAUAAACCAAUUUGACUAA